GUUACCGGUACACUGGGAGGAGACGCGUGCACCUGUGAUUUCCGGUGGUGGACGCGAGACAGAUCCGGUCAGACGAGUUUUUCAGCCUGCAGUCCGCGAGGAGGAACCAGCGGUAGGCAGUCUACCGGGACGCUAGUCUACACACAGAUACUCAGACGACGCAGGCAGCGCCGGAUAGAGUGCUAACGUUAACGGCGGCGUGCGGUUAGCUCGUUCCAAGUUUUGUGUGGGCUGAAGGAUCCGUUGGACUUCGGACUCUGGGAAAUAACAGCUACGAUAUUUUUUUUAAAUCAGCCGCGUAUCGCUGGAUUACGGCAUUCGUUUUAAUUUUUUGGUGGAUUUAGUUUCUCGGUCUGACUGACUUUGGGGGCUUCAUCCGAAACUACCGCCGCUCUCCGGUGAAAAUGGACCUCAUCAUAAGUGUCGUCCUGCUGCUGUGUGUUCAAGGGGCACUGGGCCAGCUCGUCCAGGUGGAGCCAGAGGUGAUGUCAUAUCCUGGUCAGAAUGUGGAGCUGCCCUGCAAGUUCGUCAACCCAGGAAGCACACAAGUGUCCCAGGUGUCGUGGAUCCUUGAGCCGCCGGAAGGCGAGCGCAUCAACAUCGCCGUGUUCCAUCCCACGUUCGGCGCCAGCUACCCCGACUCGCCGGUCAAGGGCAGAGUGACCUUCACCGCCCCCACCCUGGACACGCCCUCCAUCCAGAUCUCCGACGUCAAGAUGACCGACGAGGGACGCUACAUCUGCGAAUACGCCACCUACCCCACCGGCAACGCCCAGGGCAUCACCAACCUCGUCAUGCUGGCCAAACCCAAGAACUCGGGGUCCCCGGUGACGGUAGUGGCGGGCGAUAAGUCGGUGGUGGUGGCGCGGUGUGAGUCGGCUAACGGGCGUCCGGCGCCGAAGAUCCGCUGGGUGACCUCGGUCAACGGCAACGCUACCAUGACGACCACGCAGGAGCCGGACAACACGGUGACCGUCCGCAGCGACUACAGACUGACCCCCACGCCCGCCGACAACGGGAAGGACAUCAGCUGCGUCGUGGAGCACCGCACACAGGCCAAACCCGAGAGCUUCCCCAUGAAGCUCGCCAUCGAGUAUGCCCCCUUGGUCUCCAUAGUGGGCUAUGAUAAUAACUGGUACAUGGGACGCACCAACGUGGAGCUCACCUGUCAAGCCAAAGGCAACCCCAUCCCCACCACCAUCACCUGGAGAACGCUGACGGGCCACAUGCCGGACACGGUGCAGGUGACGGAGAACAAGCUGAAGGUUCUAAAGGUGGACGAGACGGUCAACACCACCUUCAUCUGCGAGGUCCGCAACCGCCUCGGCAUCGGCAAGAACCAGGUCACCGUCAACGUCAGAGGACUGACUUUCACUCGCUGCUCUUCUUGUUAA